GUGUGUAUGAGGAAGAGAAGAGAAAGAAAGAAGGGAGGAGCAAAAGUUAGCUGUUAAAUGUUUACCUAGCUUUAAACAAUUUACGCCUGCUUUACCUUUUAUGUGUAUCACACAUAUGAUUUAAAACUAAACUGGAUAUAUUUAUUGCAUGUCAGGUCUUGUUUAGUCUCCAUCAUCUCAGUGUAAAGCACAAGAUCUUGUAUUUUGAGCUGGGCAUGUGGAAGCUGAGCUGCUGUGUUCAUCAUUAGGAUGCAGAACACAAGAGCUUCGAUCAGGACUGCAGAAAGAAGCAAUGUCAUCAACUAUUCAGCCCCGCCGACGAAACAGCAAGGAUGUUCCUCCCAGACUGGCAUCACAUCAUGAUGCCAUCCUCAUGAAUCCAGGUCCUCCAGCACUUUACCGACUGAACACAGACAGAAAAUAUAUUGAUGGCAAUCAGAAAAAGGUCAGACGAUGGACAUAUGGAAAAAGAGACCGAAACAAGCAGAACAAAGUCAUCCUGCUGGUGGGAGAAACCGGAGCUGGGAAAACCACCCUCAACAACACCAUGAUCAACUACUUCCUCGGAGUGAAGUUUGAGGAUGAAGAGUUUUACCAAAUCACAGAAGAAGAAGAAGAAGACAUAGAAGAGUCAUUAACCCAGACAUCUGAGAUCACUGUUUAUGAGGUGUUUGUCGAAGAAAACCCAACAUCUCUGACCAUCAUUGACACUCCAGGAUACGCAAACACUGACGGAUACGAGAAAGACCGAGAGAUCUCUGAGUAUCUGAGCAGAUUAUUCUCAGACGAGGAUGGCAUUCAUUAUAUUGAUGCAGUGUGUUUUGUGAUGAAGGCGACUCAGAAUCGACUCUCUGGAAAAGAGCUUUACAUAUUUCACUCAGUUCUGUCUCUGUUUGGUAGAGAUAUAGAGAACAACACAGUGAUUCUCUUCACACAUUCAGAUGGACGACAUCCAAGAGAUGCUCUCAGUGCCAUUAAGAAAGCCCAGAUUCCCUGCAGAAGAGAUGGGAAAAAACAACCCGUUCAUUUCUUAUUCAACAACCAGCAGAAAGAGAAAAGAGACAAACAGUGUGAGAGUGAUCUGAAUUCCGCCUGGGAGAUGGGAGACCAAAGCAUGAGGGAGAUUUUGACACUCCUGGAAGAGAAGAACAGAAAAAGUCUUCAGAUGACAUUAGAUGUUCUGAAAGAGCGAAGACGACUUGAGGCCUGUGUCUCGAAUCUGAAGGAGCGAAUCUGUGAGGAGGAGCUGAAAACGAAAGAACUGACUGGGAUUCAGGAAGCCAUCAAAGAGCACAGAGACAAGAUUCAGAAAUGUGAAAACUUUCAGUUUACAGUCCGAACAUCUGUCAAAGAGAAAGUCUCCACAGAUGAUGAAUGGUGGUGGAGCAGAAACCAAACCUGCUGCAAUGUCUGUGAAGAGAACUGCCAUAAGAAAUGCUGGGAAGAACCCUCAAGCUGUGAAGUCAUGAAAAAAAACCACUGCACUGUGUGUACAGGAAAGUGUCAUUACAGUGAGCAUGUCAGGGAGAAUAAAAAAUAUGUGGUGAAUACAAAGACCAUCACGAUGACAUUUCACGAGCUUAAACUGGAGUAUGAACGCACUGGUGAAAAGCCGAAAACCAGCUUUGAUAAAAAAAUAUAUGAAAAUAUUUCAAACGAACAUGAAAGAAAUAAGAAAGAAUCUGAGAAUAAAACCGAAGUAGAAGAGAAACUGGUCAGUGAUCUGGAGAAGAUUAAAAAUGACGAGUCCAACCUGCUGCAUGAAGCUUAUAUCAUCGUUGUGAGUCUGUCUGAAAUCGCACUGAAAGCAGACAGCGCUUUCACUCUUCAGCAUCUGGAUUUCUUGAUUGACAGACUGAAGGAGGAGGGAAAGGAUGAAUGGAUGAAGAACCUGAAGGAUCUGAGGAAAACUGGAGAGGAACAGAAAAAUAAGGGGGCUCUACAUCAUGUGAUGGAUUUCACUGGGAAAAAUUGCAACCGAUUUGACAAUCGUGUAGCGGCAGCAACAGCAGCAUCCAUACAUCACCACCGGCGCAAAAGCAUGGAUGAACCUCCCGAAAUAAUAGCCGGAGUUACUCGUCUGAAAGAUGAAUUUAUUGAACUCUACGAGAAAGAUCACCCUCAGCUUCAGCAGUGCACAGAGAGACUGUGUCAUAUCAUCAAAAAGUUUGAAAAUGAUUGCAGAUUUGCCUCUGAAGGCUCUAGAUUAGCAGGAUGGGCGGGCAUAGGUGGAUCCGCUGCUAUAGCUGCAGGAUUAGCUUUAGCUCCAUUUACUGUAGGGGCUUUUUUUGUUGCUCUUGUGGUUUUUCUUGUUUUCGCUAUAUGUACAUUCAUAAGUGCUCGAGGUAUAAGUGUAAACUGCAGCUCUAAGAAAAAGCGCCAGAUGACAGGGUUAAGAAAAGGCAUUGAAUCUGAACUGAAGGGAUUUCAGGAUAAAAUCAGCCCUAUGGCUGAAAAGAUGAAAGACAUUCUUGAGCGCACUGAGACAAUAUUGGGAGAGCAAGAUGCCACAUGGAUAGAAGACGUUACUGAACUGACCAAGCGGGUUUCUGAAACUAUGGCUUUAAUUUCAGAAGUUUAUAGUGGGUUCAGCUUUGUGUUUAACAUGAUCUCGUCUGAAAACACCAGGACACUCGAUGACAUGGACAAACUAGCAGAUACACACAUAGAUGAAGAAAUAGAGGAAAGUGAGAUGAACACAAAGGCUGGGAAAUUCAUUGUUAAAAUGAGGAACUUAAUUGAUCAGUUACAAAACAUUGUUAAUGAACUUGAGAAAACAAAAGACAAACUAGCAGUUUAUUAGAAUACAAACUGAAAACUGCUGAGGCAAGUUAUUGCUCGAUCCACCUGAAGCAUCAAUUCAUCUAGUGACCAGCAUCUCAUUACAGCUAAUAAAGUCAAGCCACCUUUAUUUUUUGUAGUGCAUACCAGGGUGUAGAAUUGGGGUGGGGGUGACUACCAAACUGUCCCUAGUAAUCAUUUUUAUUAAACAAUUACAUAUAUGUAUGUUUUUGUAAUUUUGCAAAUGUUCCAUUGGUAUUACUUAAGAGGUUAAUGUAAAUGUUAGAAAACUUAGAGAGCUUCCUAUUGGCUGACAUUAAAGAGAGGUGCUGUUAUGUUAGAAAUUCAUUCCUGUUACAAACAGGUUUUAUAUUAGGCUGCUAUGGUUUUUGUGUGACAUGAUACCAUGUAACUCUCACUCAGUGAUACAGCAAGUUUUCAAUUCAAAACAACCAUUUUUUGAGGGGAAAAAAAGUAUAGUUUACAUUGCUGAACUCUGUUGGUCGUUUAACAUUUCUAUAAAACAGUUGCCAAAUAUGAAAUGUUUCGCUACUUCUGUCUGAUCUCUGUGCAUUCUAUUUUGGUGAAUAGGAACCCUGCUUACUUUGAUCUGCCAAAAAUGCAUUUCUCAAACAUAUUUUUUCUGCUUAA